UUUUGUCCGGAAAAAGCAAAUGCGAAAAAAGCCAUCUCAGUGCGAGACAACCCCGUGCGGUCAUGAGGCGUGACUUUGUCCUGCUCGCUUAAAUGUAUUCUUAAUGCCUAGUGACAUCAUGAGUUCUCGAAAAGGGCUGAAUUUUUUGUCUUUGUAGACGCCCUGUAUCCGGUUACCGUACGACUCAAAGCGAAGUUUGCCGCUUGUAAAGGAAACAGCUCAAAUAAGUCGUUAUCAGCUGAGGAUAUCCAGCUUUUAGCGGACAAACAACUUAUUUACAAGCACCGGCCAGGGUUUGGAAGCACGCACUUGAGAAUUUAACCAUGGGGUACCUUCUUGUGGUAUUUUUCCUCAGCAAUGCGUUGAUUUCUGUGUGUUGUGCUUGCUCGUGUUUGCCGAGUCAUCCUCAAAAUGAAUAUUGCAACUCUGCAUUCGUCAUUCGAGCCAAAGUCCUUUCCGAGUCCACAGAAAAACCCCUCCAGACAGAACCACCAGAGACAGCCAUUGAGGAGGACAUCCCAGCGGAAUUCAUCCAAGAACAAGUGUACACUUUGAGAAUACUUAAGAUAUAUAAAGGAGCUCGAGAAAUCAACAAAACAGAGGGCGUGGAAGUGUACGGCUCACGGCGUCGAACUCUGCGUGCAAAGCUGUACACGCCGGCACGCGCGUCCUCGUGCCACGUGCCAUUGCGUAACCGCACCGUGUACCUUUUGACGGGGCAGAUACUCCACGGUAAGCUGAGGACUGGUGGCUGCAAAUGGAGGACGGAGUGGUCGCUGAUAACGCGGAAACAAAGGGCUGGAAUCAGACGUUUUUAUGGAGAGAACUGCAUGUGUCAAGUGGGGAUGUGUUUCGGUAGCAACUGCAAUAAAAUGCUCAGUGGAUGUGACAAAGUGGAAUGGAAGGCACCUAUGAAAGAACACUGUAAAAGUAAACACUCCUAUUGCAUGAGGGACUGGAGCGGUGACGCAUGCGCCUGGCGGGUGUCGAAUGAGUAUAAAAGAUGCCUGAAGAAAAUACCAUGAUGCAUUGCAACCGUAAGACAAAUGUUCCAUCGAUUGGAACAGGAAACUUGAAACUAGUAAAACUGCUUCAGUGUGAAGUCUUCAAUAAGAGCAAUGGUUUAAGUUAACAUUGUUUACUGUUGAGUGUUCAUCUGACUUCCACAUCACUUCCAUGUGACGCGAAAGAACUGCAGUCGAGCAUUGCAAGUAGCGCUUAGUCUUCACAUAAUAUUGUGUAUUUUUAAAUAGUUCACUUACACUUUGUAUUUGCAAAUGAUAAGCUAAAGCUCAAUACCUUUAUCUAAGUCUGGGGGCGAAUUAAGAAAAUGUUUUGUUGUUGACGUGUAUUUCUUCAGCCCAAAGACAAGUGGAAAAACUGCUCUGAAAUGGUACUUUACUUCCAGAUGAUCACUGUUGUCUAAAAAUUUGAUUGGUUGUACAGACUACUCGUUCUGUACCGAAAAAAAAAAUUGAUGUUUUUUAUGCACCAUCUUUAUCGCAAUCACAUAACCCACGCGAUCCAUGAAAAUUGGGUCUAACGCAGAAAAGCACAACUUAAGGCUUGUGUUAAGCAAAUUGUGUAUUUCGAUUAACUGUCGUAAAAAAACAAAAACAAAGAAGCAUAAAAAAACCAAACAAGCCACAGUGACCAAUCAGGAGAAAGGAAACAGUUACAAAGAGCCAACGAGAAAUCACAGGAAAACGCAUGCGUAGUACGGAUGGGUUAAGAGAGUGGCGCGAGUUUUCUGGAUCAAUCAUAGGGCGAAGAAACUAUUGCAAUCCCAUGACUACUUUCGAUGCUCAAUUGAAAAUUGUACCGAAUAGGUGUUAAGGAUGUGUUCAUUUAUGAACGCCAACUGUACGUCGUUUAAAGACGAAUAUACGCUUUGAGUCAUGUAAAUUACUUUAUUAAAAAGAUUUUGUAACGGCUA